AUGUUCCAGGUGCCUCUGCCUUUGGACCGGGAUGGCGCCCUCUUCCGGCUCCACUUCACCACCUUGGCAGUUGGGACGGUGUGCUGCCCACUUUUUGGCUUCCUCUUUUGUGUGAUCUGGUCUCUGUUCUUCCACUUCCCAGAGACCACAGCCACUCACUGCGGCGUCCCCAACUACCUUCCCUCCAUCAGCGCUGCAAUCGGUGGGCAGACCCCGCAGCGCUACGUCUGGCGUUUCUGCAUUGGGUUGCACUCAGCCCCCCGGUUCUUAGUGGCCUUCGUCUACUGGAGCCACUACCGCGGCUGCCACUGCACACACCCCAGGUACCUCCGGCUGUGCCGUGUGGCCUUUAUACUCAACCUGCUGGAGAACCUUGCCCUUUUACUGCUCACCUACGUCUCCUCCACCGAGAACUACAUCAUCCACGAGAAUGCCUUCAUCCUCUUCAUUGCGUCAGCCCUCAGUCACAUGUUUCUCACCUGUAUUUUGUGGCGAAUGACUAAGAAGCACACAGUAAGUCCUGAGGAGCGGAAGUCCUACAAGUGGAAACUGUGGCUGUUCGUCUUCAACCUGCUCACGUUCUCCGUGGCUGUGUGGUUUUACUUCCGCCACAACUGGUACUGUGAGUCCGGAGUUUAUACUGUCUUUGCCUUCUUGGAGUACUUGGUGGUCCUGUCCAACAUGGCCUUCCACAUGACUGCCUGGUGGGACUUUGGCAACAAGGAGCUGGUGGUCAGCUCUCAGCCAGAGGACAAGCGCUUCUAGCGGAGACCCGCUGGCUGGACAGCUCUGGCUGCCGGGCGGCCGCAGGAUUCCCGGGAGCAGCCGGCGUCUGUGCAAGUGGCAGAUCCUCCUGAUGGGCUGCAGAGGGUCUCCAGAAGAACACCCGCGGAAGGGCCGGGGGGCGUCCAGGGCUGCUGCGGCCGGCUGCCCCAGGACUGGGGGAGCCCCCGGGAGGUGCCUGGCUGCUCAGCAAAAGGUACUCCGGGCUGACCAGCCUCCAGAUAAAUGGGCCAUUGCGUCUUCUGGAAAGCCAAACCACAAAUGCCGUGCUGCUAACUCAGGGCAGGGCGGAUCGGAGAAGAAGCCAGGGUGGCCCUCCCCGUCCCCGUCCCCUGCGCCGCCGCCGCUCUACGAGCCGUGGCCCGUGUGCGUGUGUGCUGAGGGUUACAUCGGGGGCUUUCCUUGCCCGAAACCUGAGCCCGGGUGAGGAAGAGGAAGGUGGAGCAGGGCCGGGGCCCGGGGGAGCGCCUGUCUUGCAUCCCGCAGCCGCCGCCGCCACUUGGCCCACUGGGUUCCAGGCGUUCGUUGCUCUCCCGCACGGCAGUGCCAGACCCAGGAACCCGUGCUGCAACCCCGAGAGCGGCGCUUGCUCACGCUGCGCGCCCGCCCGCCCGCCCGCCCUGGCCUUCUGCAGCUGGUGCUCCUUGAGCGCUAAGGAGUUCUGUGCGCCGGGUCCUCCUGCUGCGACCACAAGGGCUGCGGCACUGGACCCCGGAUGCUGGGCCGCCUCUUCCCGCAGGAGCCCCUCGAAUGCUCUUGGCGGUGGGCAGCUGUGGGCGGGUCCAUCCAGCUGGGCCGGCUGCAGGGCGGUCUCUGCUUGCGCUGGGGGCAGGCUGCGCCGCCGCCUGGCAAGCGGGCUCGGGGGAGGGAUCCGGUUCAGGUGGGGCAAGGGCCCGCUGUUGUGUUCUGGGUGUGCGUGCGUGCGUGCGAUCUGAUGUGAUGCAAAAGGAAGCUUGUGCAAAAGCGACGUGUCUUGGGUGUGCCCAGGGGGGCCGCAGGACCGAUCUCGUCGUCCCAGCUGGGCUCGCCCGCCCGCCCGCCCGCCCAUCCCUUUCAGCAGUGGGCCUGGACUCCCGUCUUUGGGGGCGAAGAUGGCUUCCCUGUCCUCUGCCGGCACAUGGUCCUUCGGUCCUAUUGCAGGAAGGGAAGCCACGGCACAGUCACGCCAGAUAAGGCCUGGCGAAGCUGGAGGGGCCUCCAUGGGACUCCUCGGGGCAACAGGAGAGGGUGGGGGGGCCCAGGGAAGAGCAGGAAGUGUGAAACCUGAAGGGUGCCCCAGAUCAUCGGACUGCUCGCCGGGGCCAGCAGGGUAGCCGGCCUUGUCUCCGGAGAACAGCCCCGACCCUGCAGAGAGGGCCCCCGGAGUUCCCUCUGCUGCUGGCACACUGGCAAGGCCUGGGGUCCCGACCCCCAGCCUCGGCGCAGGGCUCUCCUGCUGACUUCUGCCCCAUUCCUGGUGCGUGGGUCUGGCACUGUGGCCAAGAGCAGGUUGAGGUGCGUGCGCGUGUGUGCAAAAAUGCGUAUAUUUUCACUGGAUUACCUCUCGGAGGAAAUAAAGUGCUGGAUAUUUUUCAUCAAA